AUGUCUCACUUGAAGUUGACGAUUUUGCCGCUGGCCGUACUGGUUCUGUUCCUGCAGGAACUCGUUCAGGCUAAGUAUGUUUUAGACGUCAACGCCUAUUUUGAGGACUGUGAAAACGGAAUACCGCUACCGGCGGUGAACAUCGAUGAGCUUGAAUCGUUGGAAAAUGAAGAAGGAAAUUCGGUACUAAACGGAAAAAUAGUUUUCAAUGAAGAAUACAAGGCACCUAUCGAGUUGAGGGUCUACUCGGAACGUUUGAAGCAGGGCUCGUGGACGACGGGCGAGAUUAGCCGAAAUGUGGACAAUAUAUGCCCGCUACUGAAGGUAGAUAGCGAACCGUGGUACGUGCUUAGCAGUUUAAUGUCCGAUUGUCCUUUUAAAGCCGGUCAAGUAGAACAUUUUGACCAUGCCGUUCUCGGGGAUUUGGGUUUGGACAUCCCGGAACCGUUUGCCGGAGACUGGCGGUUGUACACGGAAAUCAUCAGCGACAGGAACAAUGAAAAGGUGGUUGAGUGCACGCGAAUAUCAUUCGCGGUGAAGGAAAUUUGA